GUAAAACAACGAUCGUGGCACGAAUAAGCUAUCAUGCGAUGUCUACCACUAAUCCAAAGGAUGAAAUUAUUACAGAUGUUAAACGAAUGGAAGAGUGGCACAAGACAGUAUUGCUCUUGGGAAUUUAGAUUGAAGUAGUAUCAGCCAAAGGUGCGCCACACAAACUACAUAUUACGAAACACUAAAAGAAGCUUACUGAGGUCCCAGGAGUUAAACUAAAGUGGUAUUGUGCACAUCUUAAUAACCGAUUGAGCGUCAAGAAAGUAUAUAUCAUCUGAAAUUGGAGGGCUUGUUAUUUAGCAAUUUUAGCCGCCAUGUGAUGCAGUAAUCAAGGACUGACAAGGUUUAGUAGCUGAAAGCAGCUUGGCAGAACAGACAUGUUCAAUUGUAAUGAAGUAUUAUAUACAGUACCAGUAAUCAAACAUGAAUGGUGAAAUGGAUGCUUAUGAACAUUGCAGCUACUUGAUGCAAAACUAGAUGAUAUCGAUAUUGCCGCAUCGACAGGUAUAUAUGUUGGCAGAAUCCUCCUGGCGUCCCUGAAGAAUACUAUAAAUGGUAAUCGAGUCAACUUUUAGGCUCGGAGUUAUAUCAAUGACGAUCAUAUUAAUCCUCAUAGGCCAAAUAGUGCGUCACUUUUGCAAUUGGUUUUUAUAGCAGAGCGUAUCAGAACUGGAUAAUUAGAGUUAGCUAAGAUACAUAUACGAACUACUGAUAUGUGAUAGCCGUUUGCGACUCGAGGUUCCUACAAACAAUGAAUUGGUUGCUUAGGUGGCCAUUUCGGGAGUAAUUAAUUUGAAAAAUAACAUAAAUAGGAGCGUGAUUUGACUUAGACGAACUGUAAAGGCAUCCUCGAUGUUUUUGAGAAACAUGAAGCUAACCACACGAACAAUGUCGGUGAUGUCCCUAGUAUGUGGUCUAGUGGGAGUCGGAAUGUUCACAUUGGCCGUUGCGGCGGACUUCUGGCUGUAUGUACAGGAACCUUUCGGCGAAGACAAACUCCGAGCUAGUAUGACGAUGGUCGAACCCUUAGAUUACACCGAAACCUACACAGAAGAACCGCUUGAGGAGGAAAUGAUUGAGUACGAUGAAAACAUGACAAUGCCCGAUACCAUGCCAAUUCUAAAACUUCACGCUAAUAUGGGCCUUUGGCGAUGUUGUAUUGAACUAGUCCAACCCACAGUCGUCAGUCCAAAAACAUGCUCGUAUAUUCGUUACUUUGGUCAGGUUGCUGGUCGAGUACAAGAGCAAGAAGUUACCAUGGCGAUAACAAAAGCUAUACGACUUGCCACUCCCAUAUGCGUCGUUGCCUUGAUUGUGACAAUAGUGGCCUUCUGCACCAGUACUUGGGGUAACGUAAAACAGAAUUCCAAAACAGUUAUCGGUGCAGUAUUAUAUAUUUUAGGAGGGCUUAUUCUUGCAGCCUCGAACAUCGUUUACAUAUCUUCCAUUAACGACGAGGUCGCCCAUCUAAAGAAACCAGCAAAUGGCGAACACCACCAACACAAGUUCGUGAACUACCAAUAUGGCUGGUGCUUUUAUUUUGCGGGAGGUUCAUUCGUUUGUGCAGAGCUAGCCGCCGUUAUAAACCUUACAAUGUACCUUAAACGGUAUCCUACUUUCGAGGAUAAAACACACAUAAUUCCCGGAAUAGACAGAGAUGUUGAUUAUCGAGUAGAAAUUGAAAAGCGCGAUGAUGGGGCUUAUCAUGCCGCGGAGGGACAUGAAACUGACACAGGACUACUUUCAUCCGGGUCUUCAGCCAAUGUUCGCCAAGACACUGUAAUUUUGUGAUUUGCUAAUUGCGUCAUUUACGACAAAAUGUUUCUUAUUAAGGCUAGAUUACUUGUAGUAGACAACACAUACUUUUUACAGAUUAAAAAUAAAAUAUUUGCAUGUUAUUAUGAAUUUUAUUAAAUGGUACAUAUUUCAUAUUUACACUGCAAUGACAUAAUCAUACGUAUACGUCAUAAGUCACAAACGACUCGUCCAAUACUCGAUGGUCAAGGGUUUCAAAUUUUCACGUGUGACAUUGAAAUACUGAUAAUCUGAAUAUUUAGAAAGUUUAAUAUGAUACACUGCACAUCAAUAUAAAAUAUAAAAAGUGAAGCUGAAAUAAAAUGCAAGGCCAGGUGAAAUAAUUAAUUGAACAAAUCUCGGACGAAAAAUAUUUAUGGAUUAGCUUGAUUGUGCAAAAACUAAAUGGUUUUGCAAAAAUGAAUUUGAUUCAAUAACAACCACUUUAGGACCACUUUACCCUGCUAUGAUUCUCAGUAGGCUAAAUUCACUGUUCCCCAACUAGUUACGAGAAAAAAUGGAGGUACGUGCUUGUACUGUACAAGUUCGAGUUCGGUAACAUAACUAGUUGGGGAACGGUGAUUGUAGUUAAUUGUUAUCACUUUCUAUUACACAAUUA